UGGUUUGAACUUAUCUUCCCUUAUCUUAACUUCAAGAUGUUCCCAACUGUUUGACAAAUGCUAGCAGCUCUCUGAUCAUCCAUCACCAAUGUAAAAGCAGAAAAUUCGAUACCUUGGCUCCUUUUUUCUUUGUUAAAAGUUCCUCAUAUUGUUGAGGUUUAUUAUGGAGGUGGAGAGUGGGAAGAUAGCCAGUAUUUUACAAUAGCUCAGGCACAGUCCCUCACCCAAACUCCCCUUCUGUCAGAAGGAGCCCUUCGCGCAUGCGUGAAGCCCACCAUGCCCCCAGACCGGAAGUAAGACCGUUGCUAGGGGCGAGCUUCCGGUUGAGCAUUCCGCGGCAGAGCAGUUGAAUGCUCUCUGAUUUUGAUGCAGCCCCUGGGGUGGUGUAGUGAGGGGAGGGAGGCUUCGGGAAGGCGAUCGCCGGAAUUCUUCAGAUGAUCAACAUGGAGCUUGGAAAAGCAAAAUUACUGCGGACUGGAAUUAAUGUAUUACAUCAAGCUGUUCAUCCACUUCAUGGGAUUGCCUGGACAGAUGGAAAACAGGUUGCUCUCACUGCCAUUUACCUAGUCAAUGGUGAGGUCAAGUUUGGCGACAGCAAUGUCAUUGGAAGUUUUGAACACGUCAGUGGCCUUCACUGGGGUCCUGUUUGUUGUACAGGGGCUUUGGCAUUGCUUGCUGUGCAGCAUAAAAAGCAUGUAACAGUAUGGCAGUUACAAAACAGCACCUUGGAACACAACAAGCUUUUGGUUUCGCAAACUUGUGAACUGGGAGAGAUUUUUCCAAUAUUGCAACAAGGCUGUGUGUGGCAUCCAAAACAUGAUGUCUUGGUGGUAUUAACAAAGAGAGAUGCUUCUGUUUUGUUUGCAGUACAGAUUGAUAACCGUAGAGUUAAAGCAGAUAUUAAAGGUAGUGGCUUGAUUCACUGUGCCUGUUGGACUACAGAUGGGAACCAUCUAGUGAUUGCUGUAGGCAGUGCCCUUCAUUCAUACAUUUGGAAUAAUAACCAAAAGACUCUUCACGCAUGUAAUUUUUGCCCCAUAUUUGAUGUUGGAGGACGCAUCUGUGCAAUAGAGGCAUGUUUGGAUUUUCAAGUGGUUGUGACAACUGAAUUGCCCCUUGAUAAAAUCUGUAGCCUGAAUGCUGGUGCUACCUUCGAUAUUUCUCCUAUGUCAGAAACUGGAUCGUUGAUGUCAAGACCCACAAUGUUGGCAGUUGAAGAAAACCAGUCAUUGAACAUGAGGAGAAAAUCAGUAGAUUCCUCAAGGUCUUUGGCAGAAGGCCCAAUACUUUCAACAUCUAGUCCUUUAGACCUGACUCAUCUUCUGGCAACUCAUCGCAAAUCUGAUCCCAGCCCCCUUAUUCACCUGAAGCGCAGGGAUUGCCUUACUGGAAGUGGCCAUGACUCUUCAUAUCUGAUUCUCGUAACUUUUGAGAGAAAGGUGACCAUAACUAGAAAAGUAAGCAUCCCUGGAAUUCUGGUCCCUGAUAUUGUGUGUUUUGACCCUUGUCGAAGUACAAUUGCUGUAUCGUCAAAUAAUUGUAAUAUAAUAUUAGUGUAUUCAGUGACCCCUUCAAGUAUGCCCAACAUUCAGCAAAUACAGUUGCACAAAAAUGAACGGCCAAAGGGCUUGUGUUUUCUGACUGAGAAACUACUAUUACUCUUAGUUGGGAGGCAAAAAAUUAAUGAUGUUGCUUUUCUCCCAUCUUCGAAUUCAGACCGUUAUUUAAUCAGACUUAUGACUAAAAAGCUACUGUUGGAUGAUGGUUCUGUAUCAUCGGAGAUACUUGGGCAGCCUAGCAUUAAUAUCUCUGGAAUGAAGAAGUAUUUUGAAGAUCUGUCCAAGGAAGAGCGAUUUACAGGAAAAGAACUAUUAUUGCCAGGAAACUGUGCAGUUCAAUUUCCAAACAUUAAAAAGAGAUUGAUUGAGGAAGUAAAGAACAGCAGUAGUGAGCAGAGCUCAGAAGCAAGUAUGCCAAAACAAUCCGGACAAGUCUCACCUAGUGAACCUGCAGUGAUCUUAAGCUACAAUGCUGAAUCUGUAAAUAGAUCCAUAGAUAAUCAUGGACUUGGCACACCAAAUAGGAAUUUGACUAGCCCAGUCUUAUUUAAUGGAGACCAAGUUACCCAGUCACCUGCGAGUACUCCACUAAAUAUUGGUGACAGUGCAAAUGACAAAAUGGAACAACUGUCUAAGAAAAUGGAUAGAUUAUUUGAAAGUUUAACAGAGAUAAAGCAGUGCCUUUCUCAAAUAUCAGAUUAUGCAAAAAAUGGAAAGAAGUCUUCAGUAGCCUAUUCAUCUGAUCCAUCCAUCAUUUAUGUCAUUUAUCAGAAAAUACUGCAAGAAAAUACCAUUGUGGAUGAAAAACGAGCAUUUACCCUUUGUGAAGGCAGGCUUCGCCUGAAUACAGUGCAGGAAGUUUUUAACAUUUUUGCUGUUGAAAUGUUUCAUGGUUCUAACUGGAUUGUUCUAACAGCAGAUGAUGAUGGAUUUGCUCCAUUAAUGUUCAAACCAAAUCAGGAAAUUAUUAUUCGUGAUGGGAGGCUAAACACAGGAUCUAUAGAAUUCCCACCACCUCCGUCUCCAACCGACAGUAUCAGUUUGGAAACUCAGAGAACAAUGUGACCUGCGCUGCACGUGAGAACUGCAGUUGACAAAUGAAGAAGCUGAAAAUUGCAGCCCUCCUGGAGGACAACUGAUCACUGAUAUUCUUGUCGUAACAGGAAGAUUGAAGUAUUACUGGAGAUAAAGAAACAAAUCAACAGCUUUGAACAGUAAUCAUCUGAAUUAUUUUCUCAUUGUCUUGUAGAUGUUGUAGAGAUUCCUGCAGCAAAAUCUUUUAUAAGAGAUCACCUAUGUCUAAGUAUCAUAAAUCUUGGAAGUCUGACAUUUAUGUAUGUGAAGUAACUUGAAAGUUGGGGGUGAGGUUUGGAGCAGAUUGUUUUGUGUGCGAAGUCUUCAGAAUGAUUUCAAGACUCACUUAGCUAUUUUUCCCCUUUUUUUAGAGUUAUAUUAACUGAUGAUAAACUGUAUUUCUUUGCAUUGGAAAGAACAAGAAUAUGAAAUUAACAAGUAGUAUGAGAAAUGUAAGGAGGUUUUAAAUCUGAUAUUCAUAUUAUCACCAAUAAAAUCAAUGAAGCAA